ACCUGUCCACCAAUCACGGGGCUGCUUACUGGAAAAAGCAACUGCUGGAGAGCGCUGGGAGUCCCUAGCAACACUCUGAGGCUUUUGAAUCUGAGGAGGAAAGACUGUGUAGUCAGCGGAUUGUGGAGGAGACCAGCGCCUAUGCCUCAGGAAGAAAAGACUGUCAGGAUGGACACUCCACACACUGAAAAACCAUUAGAUAAGCAGGACAAAAAACCAGAAACGCAGGAAGAGGAGAUGGAGUUUAAGGAACUGGAUGGUCUGAGGGAGGCCCUGGCAAAUCUCCGGGGACUGUCCGAGGAGGAGAGGAGUGAGAAGGCAAUGCUUUGCUCCCGCAUCCAAGAGCAGUCCCAGCUUAUCUGCAUCCUGAAGCGGAGGUCAGAUGAGGCCCUGGAGCGCUGCCAGAUCCUGGAGCUGCUCAACACAGAGCUGGAGGAGAAGAGGAGGCUAGAGGCUGAGAAGCUGAAAGCCAAGAGCAAGCAUGCCCAGAAGCUGGAGGAACGUUUUAUGACCCUGGCAGCCAACCACGAGCUGAUGAUCCGCUUCAAGGACGAACACAAGAGUCAGAACAUCAAGCUCAGGGAAGAGAAUGAGAAGCUGAGGCUGGAGAACAGCAGCCUCUUCAGCCAGGCUCUGAAGGACCAGGACGCCAAAGUGUGCCAGCUCACUGCCCGGAGCGAGGCACUCUCCAAGGAGCUGGAGAGCCUGAAACACAGGUGUGCUCAGGAUGCCCUCCAGGCACAAGCCAGAGAGAAGGAGCUGCUGGAGCUGCAGAGCCAGCAGGCCUGCGCCCACACCAAGGAGACAGAGCAGCUGCGGAGCCAGCUGCAGAGCGUCCAGCAGCAGCACCAGCAGGUCAUGGAGCAGAUGGCGGCGGCGGAGCGGGCGCAGGGCAGCCUGAACCAGGAGCUGCAGGCCAGACUGCAGACAGUCACGCGCGAGAAAGAUGAGCUGCUGCAGCUGUCCAUGGAAAGGGGCAAGGCGCUUCAGAACAAGCAAGCAGAGAUCCGCCAGCUUGAGGAGAAGCUGGAGAUGGCAGAUGCGGCCAGGAGGCAUGCACUAGAGAGGUUUGAACAAGAGGCUGUGGCCGUGGACAGUAACUUGAGAGUGCGAGAACUCCAGCGCAGGGUCGAUGGGAUCCAGAAGGCCUAUGAUGAACUCAGGCUGCAGUCUGAAGCCUUCAAAAGGCACAGCCUGAGCCUUUUAAGCAAGGAGAGAGAACUCAAUGCCAAGCUCCGCCAUCUCUUUCCAUAGGAAGCUUCUGUUUCUUCUUUUCUCUAAUUUAGAAUUUAAAUAUUUGUGCGUUAGCAUUAUGUUUACUAUACUUUUAAGCACAAAAAGGAGCUCGAAAAAAAGCUGCUUUACUACCAUAUUGUGGUUGUUAACUAUUGCAAGUCUAACACUAAUUUUCAGUCUUACCACCUAGAAUACAGAAGAUUUACCUGAUUUCUUUCUGUGCCUUUGAAA